UCGCGAAACAUCAAGAAGAAGCAGCAUGCUGUCCGCUGUCAAUACUUGCGUGUUUCUAGACAAACGAAAAGCGUGAAGCAGUUCAAAGCAAAAGAAAUCCUCCUACUUAUUGCUACUAACGCCCAAGAAGCCCUGUAGUAUAUCGAAAACUAGUUGACGCAAAGAUGUCUCGCGAAGCGAUCGAAAAUCUUACGCAGGACCUCGAGGAGAUGCGAACACUAGCAGGGAGUGCCCAGCGCAGCCGAGUGCAACAGAUGCUAGCGAUCGACAUUCGCAAGCUAGAAACGGACAUCCAGCGUCAGCGGGAUCUGUUGGCCGCGCAAGCCAGCAGCGAGCAGAGCAUUUCACGGCCGGUGCAAACAUCGGUGCCCGGCGAUAUCCGCCGGUAUCAGGUGGAGCUGAAAGAGUACGCCUGGGAUCAGAGUGACAAGUUUAUCAAAAUUUUCGUCACUGUCAACGGUGUCCAGCAAGUGCCAGAGGAUAACGUUAAUGUGGAGUUUACGGAAAACUCGUUCCAGUUGGUUAUAAGCGAUCUCAACAACAAGGACUACAUUUUCGUCGUCAACAACCUGCUCAACCCGAUCGAUGCGGAGAAGAGCUAUCGGCGCGUCAAGUCCGACAUGGUGGCGAUUUAUUUGGCCAAGCAAACGCCGACCAAAUGGGCCCAUCUGACGCUAACGGCCAAACGGUUGCAGGACUUGAAGGAUGAACGGCUCUCGGACGGCAAGAAAGCGACGGCUGACGAUCCAUUGAUGAACAUCAUGCAGAAACUGUACGAAUCCGGUGACCCGGAGACGAAGCGUAUGAUAAACAAGGCAUGGCACGAGUCGCAGACGAAGCAGAAGGUAUUGGAGUAAAGUACUGACAUUGGGACGGGCGAGGCGAUAUGGAUAAGCAUUCGUUAGCAGCAAAUGUAAGAAUGAGCUGGACAUAAAAUAACAUCCAUUUCAUAAUGGCGAUAAACUACUACACCCCCGGCCAACGAAUAAUAUACUAUAUGUAAGUCGUAUGUUGAAAUAAAGUAACAUUUACUUAUUCCAAAUUGCA